AGGGACAGGUCACAAGAAGCGAUCGGCACCCACGGGUAACUCCUUGGAAUCUAUCAUUUCUUUAAGGAUCUGGGGCAGACCACGUUAUUCUCUGAUCUCCUGUAGGAGGCUGCAUUCCCAUGCAGGGUUUCUGGACAACGUUUUGACGGCUCCCUUGUUAAUUAGUCGUUAAGGGACUGGGGCAGACACUCUGCAAUGUGGCAUUUGUCUUGCACGGUGUUUUAGCCUAUUUGCUCCAAGAGAGGAGGAGGGCGCACGCUGGCCAUACGACUACUAGAGGGGAACAUUGUUUUGUCUGGUUCAAAUGGAAAGGGAACUUCGCAUGUCCAUGUGAAGCACUAAAGCUGGCACUACGACAGCGGACCUACUUGCAGUAGAUUUCGGAUGGGUUGCCCCCUCUUCCACGGCCCAUUGUAGAUACCCUGUUUGGGUGUCUUACCCAGCCGGUAGUCCUAGAUGCUCCUCGGGGCAUCCUGGCUGUGCACUUCCAAAGGACCACAGAAACCAUCCAAGGGGGAGGAGGAGGAGAGCCGAAGGGAUAGAAGAGGAAGGAGGGAAGGGGGAAGCGGUGGUGGAGGUGGUGAAGGAGAGAUGGACGAAUCGUCCUUGCUGGAUUUGCUGGAGUGCUCGGUGUGCCUGGAAAGGUUGGAUACCACUGCCCGGGUGCUCCCGUGUCAGCACACCUUCUGCCGGAGAUGUCUGCAGAGCAUCGUGAGCUCCAGGAACGAGCUGCGCUGCCCGGAGUGCCGCAUCCUGGUGGAGUGCGGGGUGGAUGACUUGCCCGCUAACAUCCUGCUAGUCAGAUUACUGGAUGGCAUCAGGCAGAGACCCAGGGGUAGCCCUACAGGGAGCCCCACAGCCAGUGGCCACCACAGCAGCAGUAGUAAUAACAGCAACAACCAUAGCAGUAAUUGUGCUAGCCCGGGGUGCUCAGCCUCUGGGGGUUCUGCGACCCCGGCCAAUGCUUCCUGCGCCUCCAGUCUGAGGGACCUGGCCGCUGCCAGCCAGAAUGGUCUAGUGGCAAAGAAUAUCUCACAGCUGCCCUGUGGACGAGCUCUCUACACCUACGAAGGCAAAGAACCUGGGGAUCUUAAAUUUAACAAGGGUGACAUCAUUAUUCUGCGACGGAAGGUUGAUGAAAACUGGUAUCAUGGAGAAUUGAAUGGAAACCGCGGCUUCUUUCCAGCUAGUUAUAUCCAGUGCAUAAAACCUCUUACUCAACCCCAACCACAGGGAAAAGCACUUUAUGACUUUGAAAUAAAGGACAAAGAUCAAGACAAGGACUGCUUAUCAUUUACCAAGGAUGAAAUUCUGACUGUGAUCAGACGUGUCGAUGAUAACUGGGCAGAAGGAAUGUUGGGAGACAAGAUUGGAAUUUUUCCGAUUCUCUAUGUAGAGCUGAACGAGGCAGCAAAGCAGCUCAUUGAGAAGGACAAGACAAGCUUAUCUACAGCACCAAGCUAUGAGGUCCCUGUCUCAUUUGAUGCCAGCUUGGUAGUCAGUGUGACCCAGAGUCCUACUUUAAACAGUACCGGAGUUGUUAGUGCCAACCAAAGGCAUUUCGACAUCAAGAGGAAUACCAAGAAACGCCACUCUUUCACCGCCCUCAGUAUGACGCACAAAUCUUCCCAUGCCAUGAAUAACAGGCACUCCAUGGAAAUUAGUUCUCCCGUUUUGAUCAGUUCUAGUGAUCCCCGUGCUGCUGCCAGAAUCGGAGGCUUGGCUCAACUUUCAUCCAGUGCUCCAGUUCAGGAUUCAUCUACAUUAGGCUCUGUUCCUGCUGCUGGAGCUACUGGUCCCAAAACGGGCACACUGCUUGGAGAACAAGGGACAUCACCAAAAGUUCAGCUGCCACUAAACAUAUACUUAGCCCUCUACGCAUACAAACCACAGAAGAACGAUGAGCUGGAGCUACGCAAGGGAGAGAUGUAUAGGGUCAUUGAAAAAUGUCAAGAUGGAUGGUUCAAGGGUACUUCUCUCCGGACUGGAUUGUCAGGAGUCUUUCCAGGCAAUUAUGUCACUCCUGUCUCUAGGAUGCCUGCUGGGCUUAGGAAUUGCGCCAUGGGAGUCCCAGUCACAGUCAGAGGUUCUUCAGUGGCUACACAUGGGUCAACCCAAGGGGGAAUGACAAACUGUACCAAUGUGGUUAGGCCUGCUCUCCCUAUCACUGUGCCUCAGAUACAUCCACACCAAUCCCCAACAAAUUCUCAGACCAGCUCUGUAAAGAUCUCUUCCCAGCAAGCUGUCAACCAGGCCCGUGGUGCUAUGCAGAUGGCACACUCUUCAGCACAAUCCCAGGAACGUCCAACAGCAACUGUUUCACCGUUAAGGACUCAGAGUUCUCCGUCACGUCUGCCAGCAAACCUAAAUAGGCCACAUUCGACAGUAUCUCCCCAACACAGCCAGCAGCCUGCUGGACAGACCUCUACGCCGACCCAUUGUGCAAGGCCAAUCAUACCACUGACUUCAGCUGCAUCAGCCAUCACUCCACCUAAUGUAACUGCAGCAAACCUAAAUGGUGAAGCCACCAAUGGACCCAUCAGCAGUUUGAUGACUGCUAGCCCCACACAUACAGCCAGCAAAGCAGAAGAUAGAAAGAUGGAAAAGAGAGAGAAGAAGAGUGGACUGCUCAAGUUAUUAGCUGGUGCUUCAGCGAAAAAGAAGUCCCGUUCUCCUCCAUCCAUCUCACCAACUCAUGACCCCCAAGCUGUGCUGGAAGGAGUAAUUCAAGGUGCAGUGGGACUGGAGCUGUCCUCUGUGACCAACCACGGCAGAGCAGGAUCAUGCCCCAUUGAGAGUGAAAUGCAAGGAGCAAUGGGAAUGCAUCCACUGCACAGAAAAACUGGCUCAUUAGACCUCAAUUUUUCAAUCUCUUCUCCAGUAAGACAGCCUGCUUGUGCGAUGUUGGCUGUCCGGCCAGAACCUAAACCUUCCCCCAGGGAGAGAUUUCGAGUUGUUGUACCAUACCCACCACAGAGUGAAGCAGAAAUUGAGCUGAAAGAAGGAGAUAUUGUUUUUGUUCAUAAAAAACGAGAAGAUGGAUGGUAUAAAGGUACACUGCAGAGAAAUGGGAGGACAGGUCUUUUUCCCGGAAGUUUUGUGGAGAGCUUUUGAUCAUAGCAUCUGACAGACAUCAUACAGCAUUGUUUUCAAAAUGAAGGAUUGUUCAACAUUGAUUGGUAUAUUUUUAGAAAUGGUUGCACUUGAUGGCCAUAGAGCAAGAGAAUAAGCACAAAAGAAGCACAAAAAAGCAAAGCACCAGAACAUUUUAUCUGUUAAUAAUUUUGACCUUUAAAGACACUCUUUGAUAUUCAACAAAUCAGUUCUAAAACCACCCAAGAGCUUGAUGUCCUUCCAGAAUGCUGGACUGUGUUAUCGUGGGCAGGGGCGUACAGUGUUAUGUUGAAGUAGUGCCUUCCACUUGGAACACAUUUGGGUAAAGUUUGCUAACUGUGGUGUACAGAUAAUUAAUUUACUUCGAAUAUAUGAGUCUUUUAUUCUACAUUAAAUUAUUUGUGAAAACUGCAGUGUUCUUUUUACUGGCCUCUGAAGAAAUGAUAGAAUAGAACAGGGUGAAAAAGACUGGCCAGAAGUCACUAUAAAUUAUACCAGAAGUGACCAGCACCAAAAUAGUUUACUGGUAGUAGUUUAAGUGUGGGCAAGGAAUAAACUGGCAUUUAUUUACAGAUGUAUAUUUCGUUACCCCAAUGAUUCUUUUGAUAUGAUCUGUUUUAACAGGUUGAUUACAUACAGUUCAUUUUUUUGAGCUCCAUAAAAUAGAAAACAGAAAAGAAAACAUUACUUUUCCUAUGAUGAAUAUUUCCACCCCUUCUUUGUUAAGCGAUGAUAGAUGAGAUGGCCAGUAGAGCUUUCCAUCUUUGUUUUCUCAUUGCUAUUGUGGUGUUUAUGAUUAAUAUUUAUACAGAAGUUCAGUAUAUGGAAAGAUGUCAUAAGUGAUUGCAGUUUUUAUAUGUGUUAAUGAUCCCAUGGAUGCUACUAAAAAGAACACUGCAAGUUCCUUUUAAAAAUGACGUGUGUGCUGACUGUAAAGUUGUGUUGGAUUUGACUUGUUUUAUAAUGCAACUAAAAGUGCAUCAUUUAUGUUACCAAAUGUUAUGAAAAUAAAAUCUUGUGCUAUUAAAGU